AUGGAUUUUAGGGGAUUUAUAUUUUUCAUACUUUUUUCUGUCACUUUGGCGGAAUCGAAGGAAAGACACCCUCUUGCAACUCUAGAGCUGUGGGAUACACAAAGACUGGUUUGUGGUUUUGGUGUCGAAGAAUUACCUAGGCAUUGGAUCACCGAAAAGGAUAAGUUGAAGAACAGAACCAUAAACGAAACCGACCCUACUGAUGAAAUCGUUUCAACUUACAAGGACUUCCGUUGUUGUCUCAAAAAAACCUGGAUGCACGAAGAUGUGGUUCGUCCUUUCAAUAAUCUAACCUGUAUGAAGCGAAUGAUGAAGUGUCUGGUGGAGUCCAAGAAGAGCCCUUGCGUUUUGACUACCAAUUAUUAUAUAUCGUACGCACUGUCUAAUCACUAUGUGAUAUUUGGGAUCUAUUUCACAAUGUAUAUGCUUGUAGCAACACUUUUUGCCCUUUCUAGUUUGUCUAAACAUGUUGAUACUAACGAUCGUUUCGUUAAUAAUAUGAAUCCUUUAUAUAACCCUGAUGAUUCAGAUUCAGAUUGAGCAGUUUAUGUGAUUAGAUUGGUGCAAUUAUUGUUGAAUUCAUUUCAUUCAUCAUGUUUAUUAAUUUUUUUACGAAAUUGAUGAAAACAUUGAUUUCUCAUUAGUUUUAAUGCCCUCUGUAUAUUUUAUUUAUAUGUUAU